GGUUGUUCUUCAUAUACGGAAUCCAGCCGGCGUGACGUGGACUUCGUCUCAUCUCUUUGGUUUACUUCCUUUAACCUCUUCUCAAUGUUGCUCAUGGUCUUUCUUUAGGAUUUGAACUGGCUCCACAACCAGGACUCUUCCAUGUCUUGUGUUGCGAAGAGAUGAACACGAGAUAGUCCUUGUUUUAGCAAGCCGCGCCCGCGAGUCGUUCAAGAAGGCAUAAACGUUCCAGACCUCCAUUGGGUUCACGAACUUGUCUUCAAGAACUACAGCAUUGUCUUCUCCUCAAAAGAACGUCAGUCUGAUUCGGACUUAGUCUCUUGAUUUCACCGGAACUUCUGUCACGGCCUUCCUCUUGCUCCGGGUUGAUCAGAUGCCGGCCGUCGACUCUCAAAGGUUUAAGAGGACGCCGUCUGCGGGGAUGCUACCGAAAAGUACGCCAACUACAGACAUCCCCACAUCUCGCUACGACACCUGCCGUCUUUCCGACGUUUGAAACAUCCGCAGUUCAGCAGCAAUGGCUCUCAAACGCAGCGAGUACUCCAACCAAAGACUCGACAAGGACGGCAUUUACCACGUUGACGUGCGCCAGCCGGGCGACUCCACAAUUUCAUUCCAUGUGCCUCUGGACGAUAUCCUCGGCAUCUCCGAACGUCGGGCCGUCAGCGGCCAAAAGGGUUUCUUCUCCAGCAAGCUCACCGAUGACGUUCAUCUCGAUGCCAAGGAUCUCUGGAAACUACGCUACAAGGCGUGCUCUGUUGAGGGCAAGAAUGAUUGGAUGAUCAGCGCUUAUGAUCUCUUCAAAAUCGUCAAUUUCGAGAAUGGAAAAGUGCUCUCAAUUGGUGGCUAUCAGUCCAGCACUGUCACCAACACGGAGUCGACGACAAAUUCAGAGAUGGCGUCCGAUAGCUACUCGGCGGAGCGCCACAAAAUCGAGGAGCGAUUGCAUCGAACGGAAGGCAGGAUUGCGGACCUGAGUCGCACCGUUUCCUCUGACCUGCUCAACAUCGCCAAAGUCUAUGGUGACUACGACUCAUUCGUUGUUGAGAUCAAGAAGCGCGAUACUCAAAUGGCCCUGAUUCUUCAGGAUCAAGCGGAUAUAUAUCGCGGACUAAGUCUGGCUUAUCAGCGCUUAUCCCGUGCAGAUAUCGAACACACCACUGUAACCACGGAGCAGACGCGCACAGCAUCCCAGUCUGCAUCGAUCACUGAGUCGAAGACGACCAUCGAGAAAGAACGCACGACGCUCCAGAUCGAGACCGAUCGGCUCCGCAAGGAGCUCCUCGUCGUUCGGUCGCAGAACGAUGAGCGCGAGGCCGCAAGCGGCACCAUUCGUGCUGAGCUCGAGGAAGCCCGUACCACCAUCAUUGCUAAUAGCGUCAUCAUCAAACAGUUUGAGUCCUGGAAGGCUCUCUACAUGGGACAGGUUCAGACCAUGAAGAAGGAGCUUUUCGAAACUACCGAGGUCAUGACCCGCCUCGAGGAGACUUACCAGGAGACGCUUCGGGCUCUCAGGAAGGCGAAAAUCGAGAAGGAGGAGCUUCAGUCGACCCUCAUUCUCACCAAAUCCUCUCAGACGGAGGUCGACGCCCGAAUUAACAUCCUCGAGCAGGCCCUGCAGGACGCGCGGGCAGAACUUUGGAGAGUCUCUCAGGCGUACACAGAGAAGAUGGAUGGAUUUGAUGGGAUGUCUACUACCAAGGCAGAGCUCGAGCGCAGGAUCUCGGAGUUGACUCUGUCUUUCGCUCACGAGAGGAAUGUCACGCGCAGCCUUUCCGAACGUCUCCUUCAGAUCCAGGGCAGUAUGUCAGCAAGCCUCGAUUGGAUCUACGACAUGCGUCACGACCUCACCGAUGAGUCCAGCUAUAUCCACAGCGGUCAUUUCCACAGCGGAGGUGGUCUUGGAUCUGUACUGGAGAGGCAGUUCCGCCCACGUCUCCCAAGUUAUGGCAGUGCCGUCAAGACUGGACUGAAGAUUUCCGAAUCGAAGACGUACAACGCCAACGGGAUCGAGAGAGAAAAUAGUAGUAACGGCACCACCACGGCAAUAUUGAGUACGACCGCCGAUGGUACUGGAAGCGUGGGUGGUAACAGCAAUGGUGACACUGGUCCCACAACUACAACACAAUCCUUCAGCGGAAGGCCUCCUUCGAGAGAGGAUAUCAAGUUAGUUUCCCCAAUCUUCGAGUCAGACCUUGGGACGGCCGUUCCUACCGCGACUGGUGCCGUCUGA